GCGGCUUGUGGGCGGGCGGGGCCGCCGGCCCUUUGUUCUCCGGCUGCGGGGAAGCCUUCCCGGCCGGUCGCUGUCUGCGGCUGUGGGGGCUUGGCCGGAGGGAGCCAGCACCUGUGCUCGAGCAGCUAGAGGCGGCUUUGCCGGGUUGUCGGAACACGGAAAGGAGGCGCUGGGCAGCGGCUUCGGGGCCCGAGGCCGAGUGGGGUCUGAUGAAGCCGGCUGCUGUGGCCGCUUUGAGGUUUCCACAGCAACCUCUUUCCAAUUUUGUGGUGUUUAUUUCCUUUAAUCUCCUAGAGUCACCGUUAUGUUGAUCUAUAGUUUUGCAGUCUGUGAAGAAAAAUGUGCCACACUGAUUCCACAUGGAAAGAAUUGCACGGUAGCUUGCAUUGCCUGUGAGGCAGGGGCUUUUGCCUGCAAAAGCUAUGGUCCAAAGUCUGUUGUACUUGAUAAUAACUUGCUGGUGUGAGAUGAAGAAAUUGGAUCUUUGGGGAAGGUGCCUUGGAAGAAGUGCUUCUUUUAGUUAUGUGUUGCCUGCACUGUACCCAUGGCUUUUUUUUUGAGAAGUCUUUUUCAGUUACGAGGCAGAGUUCAGUGCAGAUCACGUUUGAAGAGGGUUCUCAGCUACCACCAGCCGCAAAUAUAAGUCACGUGAUGUGCAAGGGACAGUCAGACCGCAGCAUGGUGCUGUGUUGCCAUCUGUCAGCUGAAGCUGUGAAAUUCCCUGUGUCUGUUACUCAGCAGUCCCCAGCUGCUGUUUCUGUGGACACCUAUCAUGUCACUUUGGCUGUGCUGCAGGCUCAGGUGGAGAUCCACUUGGAGGAGAUUCAGAACGAAGGUCUUCUGGUGUCGUGGACGUUCAAAGACAGACCGGACUUGAACCUUUCCGUUCUUCCGAGGCUUCAUCUUCGUGAGAAUGAAGGGAGAGCAGACCUGUCCACCAUAAAGGAUCUGAUCGAGGAUACCAUCAUCAGCACGCAGCCAGCCAUUACAGUGAAUCUGAAGGCCUGCACCGCUGGAGCUGGUGCAGUUCCCAGUGAUAAGUUGGCCCGAGAGUCACUGUCCAGAGUAGCCCCUCUGGGUUCUAAGCUGUUGCUCCGGAAUCUUCGAGUGCUGAACUUGGGCUGCCAGGGGAAAGGAGGACUUGAGGAGAUAUGCUGCGUGGCAGAACUAGACAGCCCCCCACAGCAGAAGUGGACGAGGCCGGUGACAGCUGGCAGUGCCAGCGCAGUAGCAGAAAUUGAGUGGAACGAGGAGCUCUUUCUGGAGUUGGGACAUAGAAGUAGAGAGCUGAAGCUACAGGUGCUGGGGAACAGCGACAGAGGGGGAAGUGUGUUGCUGGCACAUGCCACGCUUUUGCUUGAUUCUUUGGGCAAAGAACCUUCCGGGAGACAGGUCUGCUCGCUGGCCCCGGGAGCUGGGUGGUCACUGGCAGCUGAAGCUACGAUUACGUUGGAGCUGCUAUUCCAGGAGUCUCCUGCAUCUUUGAAUGCUCAGCAUGCCACGUCUCUGCGAACCAGCAUCACCCCCACUAAGAAGGUGGAAAUGGACCGGACCAUCAUGCCUGAUGGCACCAUCGUGACCACUGUCACCACGAUUCAGUCCCGGCCUAAGGCAGACUGCAAACUGGAUUCGCCAUCGAGGUCGCCUUCCAAGGUGGAAGUGACCGAAAAGAAGACAACUGUGCUUUUGGAGAGUGGCUGCCCUUGCAGCCCCUUACCCAGCAGUAGCCGGGAUAGCCAUAUGCCCAACGGCUUGGAUCCGGUGGCUGAGACAGCGAUCAGGCAGCUGACUGAGACAAAUAACAAGCCUGUCAAGAAGACCCCAACGAAACGUAGCACGCUGAUCAUCUCGGGAGUUUCCAAGGUACCUAUCGCUCAAGAUGAAAUGGCACUUUCUCUGGGUUAUGCUGCAUCCCUGGAGGCCACCGUGUACGGGGAUUCUGUGGCAGAGGGCACAGGCGAGUGGAUGCAUGAUUCUACUGAAUCAUCACAGCUGCCAGAAUCGUCGCUGUCUGGACAAAGAGCCGGUCAGGAGCUGGAUGAGACAACACGGUCGGACAUCUCUGAGAGGCCAUCGGUGGAAGAUGUUGAGUCUGAAACUGGCUCCACGGGAGCACUUGAGACCAGGAGCUUGAAAGAUCACAAAGUUAGCUUUCUUCGGAGUGGAACCAAGCUCAUCUUCCGGAGGAGGAGCAAGCAGAAGGAAGCGGGCCUAAGCCAGUCUCACGAUGACUUGUCCAACGUUGCCACCAACUCCGCUGCCGGGAAGAAAGCCGGCAGCUUCUCCCGUCGCCUCAUCAAGCGCUUCUCCUUCAAGUCUAAAUCCAAACCCAAAGUUAGCGACAGCGCGACGGCAGGGCACAGUGGGCGUCAUGGUAGAGUAACAGUCCUGGUGACUCAAACUUCUGGAAAAGAUCUUUGUGUGCUUGCAGUAUCCCAGCUCCUUCUACAGGCAUGACUGCUCCACACCACCUUUUCUCGUGCAUAGAGGUACCGGACCAAAUAUCCAUGCUGAAUUUGUACGUGCUCUUUUGUACUUUGAUGCCUUCUCUCUGGUUGGAUUAUUUUAACCAUGGAUCAUUUAGAGGAGGAAAAAAAAAAAAAAAAGAACCAUGAAGCUAUUUAAGAGAUGAAAAUAGAAUGACUUAGUUUGGACUAAAUGAAUGAAGUUCUUGCACCUUUGUAAAUGUUAAAGAAUUCCAUUGCUGUGUAAUGGCUGAACCUGUUAACUUAUUAAACCACAUGGAAAUCAAAACCUGA